AUGAUGUACAACCAUCAUCCACAAGCUCCUCUUGGUGGGAAAAUGAGUAAUCAGAAAAGGCGUCGAGAAAUAUACAAAGAAGGUGAUGCUCAAGUUGCUCUGAACUACUUUGAAGCUAUGAAAAAAGAGAACCCAGCAUUUUCUUAUGAAGUACAAGUCGGCGCUGAUAAUAGAGCUUGUAAUCUAUUUUGGGCAGAUGCUAGAUCAAAGAUAGAUUAUGGGUUUUUCGGUGAUGUUGUUUGUUUCGACACCACAUUUCGUACUAACAAGUAUGGUAUGCCUUGUGCUCCAUUUGUAGGUGUGAAUCACCACGGGAUGUCUGUCUUAUUUGGGAUGGCCUUACUUGUCGAUGAAUCCGCUGAAUCAUUUGUGUGGGCUUUUCAAUCAUUUUUAAGUGCAAUGUCUGGAAAGCAUCCAAAGACCAUAUUUACCGACCAGGCACAAGCGAUUGGCAAUGCUAUAAAAGAGGUAAUGCCAGACACACACCAUCGUUUAUGCAUAUUUCAUAUUUAUCAGAAUGCGGCAAAGCAUUUGUCUCAUGUUUAUGCAGCCAAUGAAAACUUUACAAAGGAUUUUUCGGAGUGUCUUUAUAGUGCUGAAACUGAAGAAGAAUUUGAAUCCUUGUGGACUUCGAUGCUCACAGAAUAUUCUCUUACUGACAAUGAUUGGUUGAUAAAACUGUAUGCCUUACGAGAAAAGUGGGCUCAUGUGUACGGAAGAGAACAUUUUUGCGCUGGCAUGACAACAACUCAAAGGAGUGAAAGUGUGAACAGUUUUGUCAAGGGUUAUGUAAAUCGCACCCUAUGCAUUAAUUACCUUAUAUUGCAAUAUAAGAAAGCGGUGAUGGACUGGAGGGAGAAAGAGUUACAAGCUGAUUACCAAAUUAAAAUUUUUGGUUGUUAUCUUGACAAAAUUGAAGAUGAGAAUGAUGAGAUUGCAGUUCAUAAGGUUGAGAUUAUGAGUCCGUUAAAAAAUGACAAAGAUCGGAAAGUAUGGUUCAAUAAAAAAGAGAAUACAGUAGAAUGCAGUUGCAAUGGUUUCAAGUUUACAGGUAUUUUAUGUGUGCAUGCUCUGAGAGUUCUUCUUUCAAGAAGAAUUUUGGAAAUUCCGUCGCAGUAUUUUCUAAAAAGGUGGUCUACGCAUGCCAAAGAUGGUUUCAUAACAGACAGUUCAGGGGCUCCAAUACUUUCCGACUGCAAUGAAUCUUCAAGCGUCCGAUAUAGUGAUUUAGCUCAUAUUGCUCUUACCGUGGCAAUGAAUGGUUCUGUAGAUGAAGGGUCUAGCUCCAUCGUCAAGCAUCAUCUUGCUUCUUGUGCAGAAGAACUAAAUGCCUACAGAAUAAGCCUUGAAACAGCAGCACAAGUUGAUGACUCUGAAAAUCAUGAACAACAAGGAAAGGUUAAAAAUAAUGGAAGGAGAAAUAUCGAAGGGGAACUGAUCACCGUCCAAGAUCCACCUAUAAAGAAAAAAGUACGAGGGGAACAAAAUACAGGGUACAAGAGCGCACUUGAUCGAAGCUUCGCUAAAAAGAAUGGUAAAAAAUCAGCAUCAUCCUCUAAGAAAAAAACCCAGGUGCAACAAGGAACUGUGUAG